AAGAAAAAUCAAUGAUCGAUAUUCACAUUUAAUGAGACUACUACAAGAUCAACAAACAUGAAGCCGGGUGACUGCAGCGAUGUCGAAAAGUUGCUCUUCGACAGAGUUCAAGAGGGAAAUGUAUCUGAGGUAAAGAGACUCUUAGGAGAACCCAAGGUGCGGGUUGAUUGCAUUGAUGAGAGUGGCAUGACAAUGUUGCAACAUGCAGCAUUCAAAGGUCGCCUUGACCUGGUUGAACUUCUGUUGUCCCAGGGUGCUGAUGUCAACAGUAACUACCAUGACAACCAAUACAGCACUUUGACAUUUGGGGCUCUCUCAGGCAAUGCUGAUGUAGUGAAGGCCCUAUUGAUAGCUGGAGCUGACACAAAAACAAAGAACUCAGUUGGAAGAACAGCUGCCCAGAUGGCUGGUUUUACUGGUCAACAUCAUGUUGUAGCAACAAUCAACAACUAUUUCCCUAUUGAUUAUCUUGAGCCAUACAUUAAAAUACAAGGUCUUGAUAAAGAGCCUCGCCUGCCACCGCAUUUAGCUCCUUUGCUUCACAAGAUGAUGCUAUUCACCAAUCUGCAUCCUGUACAUAUAUCUAGAUACCUGAAGCAAACCCCUGUACUACUUGAUGAGGCUUAUAAGAUUGCUAAAGUGCUAGACCUUUUGUGUGAAAAGAGUAUGAAGGCUGCUGACACCAAUGAUGUGAUGGCCAUCAAGUCCCAUUAUCUGGCAUGCGUCAUUCGACAGUGUGACAAGGCAAGAACUGAAAGGGGAGAUACAAAUCUGGAUACUUGGAUUAAAAGUUUAAUACGCUGUCGGGAAGGAGAUAUGUGUAAUGAGUAUAUGGAAAAGUUUAUUAGAUCAACAAUGCGGGAUUUUCCAUAUACUCAGUCAGAAUUGCUUCAGACAAUGGUGCGAAACCUUGCAGCAGUUCCUGUGGGAGGUAACCCUACAGGAUUCAGUAUCCUCAUGUCUGCUGUGAAUGGCCAGCAAUAUGCCCCUACUGAAGACACAGCCUGUGAUACAUGCGGAGAGCCUCAUGCGGAGAAGAAAUGUUCUGCCUGUAAAUAUGUCCACUAUUGUAAUGCUGAGUGUCAAAAACUGCAGUGGUUCACACAUAAAAAGUUCUGCAAACAUUUAGGAGAGGUGCAGAAAAAGUACACAAAACAAGAAGAGGAGAGGAUGGAAAGAGAGAAGCGGGAGCAAGAAAUUGCUAAAUCCAAGCAGAUCAAAAAUAUUCAGAUGGCAGAAAAGGACCCUGAAAACAUAAAAGACUCUAAUGAAGUAACACCUGAAGCUGAUUCAAAGACUGACAAUCCAUCUGAAGUCAUUGAAUCUUGAAUUUGGUGCAGAAAUCGUCAAUGGAAGGACCAUCACUGAUCUAAAUGACAGCAAUCCUGUUUGGGUUCCUAUUUGGCAGGCAAACGUACACAAUCAGUCAUCAUGUGGCCAGAUUCAGUGAAUCUCAUUGGAUAAUAAAUAAUGAAUAGAAGUACCAUUCAAGUGCAAAAAUUACACAUCAACUAUUAUAUAUUGUUUAUUAUUUAUUUUGUUGUCAUAAUUUAAUUGGUAUAACCAAAUAUUUUAAAGUAAAUAAUACAUAUGUCAUGAAAGGUCAAUAUCUCUGAACAUCAACUUUUUGACAAUUUAAUCAAUUUUGACGUAUAGCAAUACUUUCUAUGGGCUCAGUGUAAUAGUUCUGUCUCAUUGUUUCAUUUGUUUGUUUUUUACGUUGUUCCAAUGUCUCAAUGUUUAAAAUAUGUUGUCAAUAAUCGUCAAGGCAAUUGUUGCAGUUUCUCAUCAUGUUGUCAAUAAUCGUCAAGGCAAUUGUUGCAGUUUCUCAUCAUGUUGUCACCUGAUAUUGUUUGUCCACAUCUAGGCUUUAUGUCAAUCGCUCAACUUAUAUUUGUUAUUAUAGUAAUAAUGUUAUGUGUUAAGAAACAAAACAAUAAAUUCAUAUGAAAAUA